AUGGCGACCAAAGGCCGAGGGCUGAGGGAGCAGGAUCUCAGCACAUUGGAUGUGACCAAGCUAACCCCCCUGUCCCCCGAGGUCAUUUCCCGGCAAGCCACCAUCAACAUCGGCACCAUCGGUCACGUGGCGCACGGCAAGUCCACGGUGGUCAAGGCCAUCUCCGGCGUGCAGACGGUGCGCUUCAAGAACGAGCUGGAGCGCAACAUCACCAUCAAGCUGGGGUAUGCCAACGCCAAGAUCUACGCCUGCAGCGACCCGGCGUGCCCCCGCCCCGCCACCUACCGCGCCUACGGCUCCGGCAAGGAGGACGCGCCGCCCUGCGAGGUCCCCGGCUUCGAGGGCGUGCCCAUGCAGCUCCUGCGCCAUGUCUCCUUCGUCGACUGCCCCGGGCACGACAUCCUCAUGGCCACCAUGCUCAACGGCGCGGCGGUGAUGGACGGCGCGCUGCUCCUGGUGGCGGCCAACGAGCCCUGCCCCCAGCCCCAGACCAGCGAGCACCUGGCCGCGGUGGAGAUCAUGCGCCUGCGCCACAUCCUCAUCCUGCAGAACAAGGUGGACCUGGUGACGGAGAGCGCGGCGGUGAACCAGGCGGAGGCCAUCGCUCGCUUUGUGCAGGGCACCAUCGCGGAACCUGCGCCCGUGGUCCCCGUCUCCGCCCAGCUCAAGUACAACGUGGACGCUGUCUGCGAGUACCUGGUGAAGAAGAUCCCGGUCCCCGUCAGGGACUUUGUGUCCCCGCCGCAGAUGAUCGUCAUCCGAUCCUUUGACGUGAACAAGCCCGGGUCGGAGGUGGACGAGCUCAAGGGUGGCGUGGCGGGCGGCAGUAUCCUGCAGGGCGUGCUGCGCAUGGGUCAGGAGAUCGAGGUGCGGCCGGGCAUCGUGACCAAGGACGCCAGCGGCGCCAUCCGCUGCACCCCCAUCUACUCGCGCAUCGUGUCGCUUUUUGCGGAGCAGAACCCGCUCCAGUUUGCGGUGCCGGGCGGACUCAUUGGUGUGGGCACCACCGUGGACCCCACGCUGACGCGCGCGGACCGCCUGGUCGGGCAGGUGCUGGGCGAGGUGGGUGCGCUGCCGGACGUCUUCACCGAGCUGGAGAUCAACUUCUUCCUCCUGCGCCGUCUGCUGGGCGUGCGGACCUCGGGAGAGGAGAAGCAGGGCAAGGUGAGCAAGCUGUCCAAGAACGAGGUGCUCAUGCUCAACAUUGGGUCCAUGUGCACGGGAGCACGAGUCAUCGCGGUCAAGCACGAUCUGGCCAAGCUGCAGCUGACCUCGCCGGUGUGCACAAAGGAGGGCGAGAAGAUCGCCCUGAGCCGGCGGGUGGAGAAGCACUGGCGCCUGAUUGGGUGGGGCCAGAUCCAGAGGGGGCUGCAAAUGGACAUCCCCGCCCGGACCUGA